GUCGUACUAUGUACGUAAGUAAGAUACGUAUGCAACGAAUAUGCACGUUCCGCAAGUGGUAGGAGAGAGCAAACCCUAACCAUUAGAGAGAAAGGGAUCACAUGGCUAUAAUGAAAUCCAAAUCAACAAAUAGGGGUGGCUGGGUCUUGUUCGUAUUUGUAUGGAUGAAAAAGGUGGAAAACAGAGAGCGGGAGCCGGGAGGGGAAUUUCUGUGUAUUGCCUCGCGGGCCUGGCCUCAGCAGCCGCCAUCAAUUGUAUCUCCUCUUUCGAUGGCACAUUGCAUUUGUCGGAUGUUAAAACGUGACUUCAUUCGGGAAAACCCUAGCUACGCGGUGAUUUCGACGGGCCUCCGGAGCGGCAAAUUUGAACGGCUUCAUAAGGCUGAUUCAGUUACUAAAGGCGACGGCGCUAUUAGGGAGUCCUGGAGUUUCAAUUCUUCGGUUUACAAGUUGUGAUUUUGUUUUUCUUCGUGCUUCGACUGAUGUUUUGUAUCCGGGCAUUUUCGUUCCGUGUCUUUGUUUCCAGCUAAAUUUGGCUGAGGCUGAUUGUUGUGAUUCCCUGCUUGAACACUCG